AGGCGAGAGACUGUGUGCAUUCAGCGUGUGUGUGUGUGUGUGUGUGUGUUUGAGGGGGUGUACGAGUGUAGGAAUAAUCGCAGGAGAGACAGGCGGUGUGGAUCCUGUUCUGCGGUAGCUGUUGGGUUCUUGCCUCCCGUGAGGACUGUGCUUUAUACCUGGAGUGAGCAGCGCUCCGACGCAGCAGAGGACAGAAGAGGGUCGAUGGAGUGAAGCUAUUAAACCCAGAGUGCGAACGCGCUGCCGGACCUCUGAAUCCAAAGACAAAGACGCAGAGGUAGAAGGAUAAAGAAGUGGCAUGAAUAAGGAAAGAAACUGACUGUAGGUUUGCCAGAAAAUGAGAGCAGGUUAAGAGACAGGGGCACUAGUGCCAGCAUGCACAUGUCAGAAAUGAAUCCGGUCAAAUGCAUGGUUGUAAAGAGGUGAUCUGCCAUGCAUCAUUGUGGUAAGAUAUCUUCCCUAAUGAAGCGGCAUUAGAGCAUCUAUGCCAUUGAUUGAGGGUCCAGAAAGGAUUAAUUGCAUUGCAGGAAAUUACUGAAGUGCAUCUGAAAGAUAUUGAAUCAGCAGUUAAAAGUGAUUAAACAUUGCUAAGGAUAGUCGGUGGACCUCUGUUGGACUUUAUUGGCUUGCGAACCAAAGACCGCUGCCAUCUCCUCAAGUUCCUGUUUAAAAAAAAUCUAUACUCCUUUUCAUCAAAGAAAAAAAAACUAAUAAUGGGUAUGUUUUAAUGAUUUUGGACUUGUGGUUUCCAACUUGCCGUGUUAUCACUUUUCUUACUUUGUGACUCCAGUCUUGCAAAAGUGGGGAUCAUUUGGCCCCUGGGGGUCCGGGCUGCGACCCCGGCCCCGGCCCCCAAACCAAAAAUGCGUCGCUCAAGUACAGAUGAAACGCCGUACCGCCGGAGUCCCUCUCUGGACAGCAAGUCGGGCUCGCCGCCGCUGCGCUACAGCGGGGAGUACGAGUACCACAGCUCGCCCUUCGUCUUCGGCCUCCGUACCACACCAGGCUCAAAGCAAGCUAAAGCCAGCUACACCACCGCACAGGGCCGGAAAUAUGUGGUGUUUUACCUCGACCUGUCCUUCAUCUUCCUUCUAGAGCUGCGGCGCUGCAGGAUGGCCGAGGGCUGCCUGAGGGCCCUGAGAUAUGGGAUGGUUUUCUUCAAUCUGCUCUUCUGGCUGGGCGGCUGUGGGAUUCUGGGAGUGGGAGUUUGGCUCUCCAUCACGCAGGGAAACUUCGCCACGCUCUCCUCAUCUCUACCGUCGCUCUCUGCUGCCAAUCUGCUCAUCGCUGUCGGAAGCAUCAUCAUGCUGAUUGGCUGCCUGGGCUGUGUGGGCGCGGUCAAAGAGAACCGCCCAUUGCUCCUGAGCUUCUUCAUUCUGCUGCUCCUGAUAUUAUUGUUGGAGAUUCUGUUCAUGGUUCUGUUCUUCGCAUAUCAAGAUCAGAUUGAUCUGUAUGCUCAAAGCGACCUGAAGAAAGGCCUGCAGCUCUUCGGGACUGAAGGAAACAUCGGCCUGACCAACGCCUGGAGCAUCGUCCAAACCGAUGUACGUCACUGCAUUUCUGUCUGUAGUUAUGAUUAUUUCCCAAGAACCAGAGGUGUAGCACUGUAAGAUAUGAUUGAGUGUCUUGAAGGAAGGACAUGUGACGAUGGUGUGU